AAAAUGGUGGAAAUAAUACUGGGGCUGAAACUGUUGGUGGUGGUGCAUCCGAGAAGGUCGCUAAAAAUACUCCAGGAAAUAGGAGUGACAAAGCUUGGAAGCAUGGGAUUUCUAUUGAUGGAGAUGCCAAGAAAAUAAAAUGUAAGUAUUGUGAUAAGGUUGUGACAGGAUGAGUGUAUAGGUUGAAACAUCAUUUGGCAGGAACAAAAAAAGAUGUUGAACCUUGUAUGAGUGUUUCUGAUGAGGUUAAAAAGGAGAUGUUUGAUAUUGUUGUUGGUUUGCAAAAAAUUUUAGUUAAGAAGACAAGAGACUUUGAGAAAAAGAUACAAAGUAAAGAUGAAGGAAUAGAAGAAGAAGGGGAUGCUUUAGUUGGUGAGAAAAGAAAGGGAAAAGAAAUAGAGACACUAGCAAGUCUCUUUAAGAAAAGGGGUGUGAGCACUCAAACAACAAUCAACUCUAUUUUUAAGAAGGGUCUAAGGAAAGAGGCGUGUGAUGAAAUUGCUUCAUUCAUCUACAAUAAUUCUAUUCCCUUUAAUAUUGCAAGAUCUGAAGAAUAUCAUAGCAUGUUUGAGAAGGUUGCCCGCUAUGGAUUAGGAUUCAAGCCACCCUCUUGUGAUGAGUUAAGAGGAAAAUUAUUGAAGAAGAAGGUAGAGUCAACCAAAUUAACAUUAGAAGACCAUAAAGUUGAAUGGAAGAAAAGUGGAUGCACUAUUAUGACAGAUGGUUGGAUGGAUAAAAGAAGGAGAACUAUUCUCAACUUCCUUGUGAAUAGUCCUAAGGGAACUGUUUUCUUGAAAUCGAUUAAUGCUUCUGAUAUAUGCAAAACAGCUGAAAAGGUAUUCAAGAUGAUUGAUGAAGUUGUAGAGGAAGUGGGAGAAGAGAAUGUGGUUCAAGUUGUAACUGAUAAUGCAGCUAACUACAAAAAGGCAGGACAAAUGUUGAUGGAAAAGAGAAAGAAUCUUUAUUGGACGCCUUGUGCCGCUCAUUGCAUUGAUUUGAUGCUUGAAGAUUUUGAGAAGAAGCUAGCUCUUCACAAAGACACCAUUGCCAAAGGAAGAAGACUUACCACUUACAUAUAUUCUAGGACUUCUCUAAUUUCCCUUUUGCAACAACACACCAAAGGAAGAGAUUUGGUGAGACCAGGUAUGACAAGAUUUGCUACUUCCUACCUUACUUUGGAUAGUCUUAAUGAGAAAAAGAAUCCAAUAAUUAGAAUGUUCAUCUCGGAUGAGUGGAAGGCAAGCAAGUGUUCAAAGACAAGGGAUGGAAAAAAUAUUGAAAAUAUUGUUUUGGAUAAAACAUUUUGGAAAAACAUUAUCCAUUGCUUGAGAGGUGCUUAUCCUCUUCUUCACGUGCUCCGUAUAGUGGAUUCAAAGGAAAAACCAGCUAUGGGAUACAUGUAUUCUGAAAUUGAUUGUGCAAAAGAAAAGAUUAAAGAUGCUUUUCAAAGUGUUGAAGCAAGGUGAUAAAACUAGUAAUAAGUAAACAUUUUUCUUUCAGUAUUACCAUUUAAUUAUUUACUAAUUAGGUAAUUGUCUAAUUCAUUAUUUCAAUGUUCUUUUUAGUUAUAAGCCUUUGUGGGAUAUUAUUGAUGCAAGAUGGGACAAGCAACUCUUUAAGCCUUUGCAUGCUGCAGGCUAUUAUUUGAAUCCACAAAUUCAUUAUAGUCCUAAUUUUAAGGUUGAGUAUGAUGUUAAGAAAGGACUUUAUGAUUGUUUGGAUAUACUUGUGGGAGAUCCUGCACUCAUUACAAUUAUUGAUAGUCAACUUGAAGAUUUCAAGGGUAAGGCUAAAUUUUUUGGUAGAGAUGUAGCCAAGAAUGCUCUCAAAACCAAAACACCUUCACAAUGGUGGGAUUCUUAUGGGGAUGAACAUCCAGAACUUCAAAAAUUUGCUAUCCAUGUCUUGAGCUUGACUUGUAGUUCAUCGGGAUGUGAGCGCAAUUGGAGUGCUUUUGAGAUGGUAAACUUUUAAUUUGAUACUAGUUUAGGGAUUUAUUUUCUAAAUUAUAGAAUUAGUUAAUUAUUCAAUUCUAUUACUUUCUAAU